AAGAGAGUCCACUUCAUCUGCUGGGUCACUCCCGAAUGAACCAGGCCAAAGCCAGGAGCCUGGGACUCUAUCCAGGUGGCCCGUGUGGGUGCCAGGAGCCCAACACGUGAGCCAACAUCUGCAGCUUCCCAGGGUGCACAGCAGGAGGCUGGAUCAGAAGCAGAGCAGCCAGGCCUGGGAUGCAGGCGUUGCCAGCCGCGGCGAACACGCUGUGCCACAACGUCCACCCCCUGUCACAGAGGGCGGGGACAUCCUCUGGGAGACCCAGGCUGGAGCCGAGGGCGGGGCUGGGGCUGGGGCCUUGGACUGCUGCAGAUAAGCCCGGAGGCCAGAGCCUUCCCUGAGGGAGCCGCUCAGUGGACCCUGCGGCCGUCAGCCACCCAGGCGCGUCUGGCCUCGGUGAGUCACUUCCCACAGACUGGGGCUCCUCGGUGCAUUUGUGGAGCAGAACGGGGGAAGUACUGAGACUGGGGUGCCCCCUGGGGUGGUGCCAGGGCCCCUGGAGACCCGCUGCCCUGAUACAGCCUGGUUCUCUCGGCUUUCAGAAACUUCCUCCUAAAGGAAGGCUGAGCUGCCGAAGUGCAGGCCGAGGGCCCCUGUCGCUGUGGAGGGGACCUGCCAGUCCUCCCCCGGGUGCAGCCCUGGCCUGGCUCCUGGGGGGAUGACAGGAAAGGGCUCACUCCCUGUUCCCGGUCCUCCCUCGUGUCAGCGGGCACAGAGGCCGAGCUGCGGUCCUCGGGCCACAGGGCCUGGCUGAACCAUGCCCUGGUGGUGGCUUGUCUUUGGCGUCCCAUCUGGACCAGCAGCCUCCUGGCCUGGGCACAGUGGCGUGGCCGUGGAUGCUGGGCUGGGCCUGCUGCGCUGCCUCUCCCCUUCCCCACGCCCCCGUCUCGGUGCGGUGAUCCUGGGGUUGCUGCGUGGCAGUGGUGUGGCGAGAGUCCUUCAUAAGACUCAGGGCCCCUGGGAGGCAGGUGCCUAGUCAGCCAUGGGCUUGGCGGUGGAUUUGUGGAGCAGAGCCCCACCCCUACCGGCCACAUCCUCUUGGGCAGGGGAGGUGGAGCCACCGUGAGUCACCGAGGUGGGGUGUGUGGGCAGGCACAGCUGUGGCACUGCACAGCACCCGGCGCAGAGCAUGGCUCUGUCCCCCGGGGGGAGAAGUUGUUCUGGAAAGGGGAGGGCCCGUAGGGCCAGGGCAGAGGGAGGGCCCAGGCUUUCUGGAGCUUCUCAGGGUCAGGGGAUGGAGCGGAGAUGGCAGUGGUAGGAGCAGGAGAGCUGGAGGGGGCUCGAUGGGUCUCUGGUAGGACCGCAGAGGUGGGUGACCUUGCCCUGCCUACACUGAGUCCCCCCAAAGAGGAGCCCACCUGCUGUCCUGACGGCUUAGGGAGGGCCUGCUGGUGCCAGGGCUGCGCCUCCAGGCGUCCCCAAGGCCAGAUGUAGGCCACACCUUGUGUGAAACUGGGGCAGCCUGUACCAGAUGAGGGCGGGUCUCAGGGUGUGGCCUGGUGGAGGACCCCUGGCCAAGCCUGUGGGCAGAGUCCACUUGGUCCCCCUGCGUCCCUGCGUGCCCUCUGGCUGUUGCGCCGUGCUGUCGUAACCGCAUGGACUCAGGGUGCUGAGUGUUGCUGCCUGCUGUGUCCAGGCACCUCCAACACUGGUGUGCAGCUGAGCACAGGGGUUAGAGCUUGGCACCAGCGGCCCUGCAGGGCAGAGUGUGGCUCUGUCCGCCCUGUGGAGCCCCUCCCCCACUCUUCCAUCGGGGGGCUCCCACCCUGCCACCCAAUCCCUCCUCAGAGUCCCUCCCUGGGCCACCUACUUACCUCUGUGCCUGGGCCCUGGAGGGUGGACGAGACCUCGUCUUCCGCUCUGUGGGUUCCACCCCCAGCGUCCUGGCCGGGGGCUCUGCUGUGGUAACAGCCCAGGGCUGCCGCCCAGUCCUACCACAGAGACGUCCUCCACUACAGUUCUCACCCCCACACGCCCCAGAACAGCGGGGGGAGUGGAUCCUAAGGGGAGCCCUGGCGCCCACUCACCCCUGUCCUGUCCCCAGCCAGAGGACGGUCCCACCGCCCCGUCCCGUCCCCAGCCGGAGGACGGUCCCACCGCCCCUGUCCCGUCCCCAGCCGGAGGACGGUCCCACCGCCCCUGUCCCGUCCCCAGCCGGAGGACGGUCCCACCGCCCCGUCCCGUCCCCAGCCGGAGGACGGUCCCACCACCCCCAUGGAGACCUCUCCUCACGAUGUGUUUGGGGCAACAUCGGGCCUGGGAAUCACCCAAGUGCCCAGGGCGGCUCUUCUGGAGCCGGCAAUCCGAGACCUGUCUUCCUGUAGGCCAUCUCUCCUCUUUGUCCCACAACAGGAGACUGUAAUGUCUCCACCCUCCCUGGGGAGACCCAUCCCUGACAGGCUGCCCAGGGCUGCUGGACACCUCUCCCAGGCCUGCGAGGGGCAUCGGUGAGGAGCAGGGGGUCCUUGGAGCUGCUUCGUGCAGGGCACUGUGACCUCCACAUGGGACCCCGGUGUCUUCCCUGGAGGACGGGGGCGGUGGUCUCCCUGGAAGUGGGUGGGUCAGUGAGUCUGGGGCACCGAGGUGAAUGUGGCAGAGCAGCUCGUACCCCACCGUGGACGGCUCUGCUGGCCGUGGCUCCCAGCCCUGAGCACUCCGCAGUGCAGAGGGGGCCCCAGUGUCUGCCCCUGGCUGGUGUGGGCUGACAGCUUGCUGGUGAGCGUGCCACGUGCCGUGUGCGCUUGGGCCGCUGGCACAGAGGAGUAUUUUCCUGAGUGUUUAAGAAUGUUAAAACACUCCCAGUGUGCCUGCUCUGGCCCCAUGUGUUCCGUGGCACCAGGUGCUGCUAGUUUGACCUGUGUCCCAGGGACUUCAUUCAGAGGUGGGCCCACGGGGGUGGGGGCAGACGGGCUGCUGACAGACCACGGUCAGAGCAGGUUAAGCUGCCGCCGGGACACCCACAUCCCACAAAGGAGGGCUGGGUUCAAGUCCACCUGCACUUCGGGUCCAGCUGCCUGCUAAUGGACGUGGGAGACAGCGGGUGAGGGCUCCAGUGCUCAGGCCCCGUACCCACAUGGGAGUCCUGGAUGAGUCCUCUCUCUCUCUCUCUCUCUCUCUCUCUCUCUCUCUCUCUCUCUCUGUGACCUGCUUUCCAAGUAGAUGAAAAUAAACGUUCAAAAAAAAAAAAGCACUGACUAGGAAGGAAGCCAGCCAGCCUUGACCCAUAGGCACCCAUGCACGUCGUUCACGUGCCAGGAGGGGUCAGGGUCCCCCCUCAGCCACAGGGCCCAGGAGAGUGAGUGUCCCUGGAAGCCGGUCCCCUGCCAGAGGCCCCGGCCGGCCUCUGCUUCCUCUCCAGCCACCCAGGAGAGGGGUGAGCCUCUGGAGGGAGGACCCGAACCACGCAGACUCUGGCUCCUUGGGUUUCUGCAGAUGGGGGUCCUGCCUGGGGUGCAGGGAUUUGUUCCGGGGGGCUCCACAGUAGCACGUGGGCAGCAGCACUGCCACCCCUCCCCUGGUGCUGUGUGGCUCCAGGCGCUGCUCCUGAGGCCUGGCCCAGCCCUGCUCUCUCCCUGUUCUGUGAUUCCCCCUUGAUCCUUUGUUCUGUAAUAAAGCACAGUUGUGUGAUCUGUGGAGACCAGGGACAAGUGAUGUGGGGGUUGAUGGGCCUUUUGGGCAGAGUGGCCUCCAUCCUGGGACCCCAGCCUCUGGGCCCCAACACCCUGCAGGCUGUGGGUGGCGGUGGGCCCCCAUGACACAGAGGGACACAGGGCACCUCCCCACAUGGGCCCAUCCUGGGCCACUGAGCAUGCUGGGAGCUUCUCCCAGGGCUCUGAGGCUUCGUUUGUGUGAGUCAUGCUGUUUUUCUCUUUCUGCUCUCUCUGUUUAUCUUUGUUGUGGUGUCACUGACCAGCCGGCCGCCUGUCUCCGGCGUGGGCACUCUCUUCCCUCCAUGCUCCACUUCGCCCGCUGCCGGCCAGAGGUGACCAGGCCUGGCUCUCAGCGUGGCUGCUGUCAGGGGGGCCAUGGGGAGCUCUGCCUCCUCCCUGGCCACCGAGACCGAGUCGGACCACGGCUUCCCCGGGGGGCCACCCUACCCAGGGCCCCCGGCAGCGGCUGGCUGGUGUAGGAGCGGCCCUGGGGGGCCUGUCUGGGGAGGCGCCCUGGUCACCCGGCAGCACCAGCCCCUGCGCCCCCGGGCCCGCAGCCACACCCACUCGCCUGGGUCUAUGGCCGCGGUCGGGGAGUGGUCCUGUGCACGCUGCACCUUCCUGAACCCCGCCGGCCAGCGUCAGUGUUCCAUCUGCGAGGCGCCCCGGCACAAGCCCGACCUUGACCAGAUCCUGCGGCUCAGCGUGGAGGAGCAGAAAUGGCCCUGUGCGCGCUGCACAUUCCGGAACUUGCUGGGCAAGGAAGCCUGCGAGGUGUGUGGCUUCACCCCCGAGCCCCUGUCUGGAGCCUCCCUGCUGCCCAUCAUCAAUGGGGUCCUGCCCAGGCCACCCACUGUCCUGGUGGAGCCCAAGGGCAGCUGCAAGGAGGAGCCGGGGCCGGUGCGGACAGCGGGGCUGGCCGCCGUGGAGCCGGGCGGAGGAUGCCCUGCGGAGCAGCAGGAGGACGAGGGGGAGGAAGGGGUGACGGAGCCCAGGAGUGGCUGGGCCUGCCAGCGCUGCACGCUGCUCAACACUCCCGUGGCCACCUCCUGCUCCGCCUGCGGUGGCCCCCGAAAGCUCUCACUGCCCAAGAUCCCUCCAGAGGCCCUGGUGGUCCCUGAGAUCCUGGCCCCUGCUGGCUUCCACAUCGUGCCGGCCCCGCCGCAGACGGUCCUGCCUGGGGAGGCUGCCGAGGCUGACCCUCCAUCCAGCAGCCAGGGCCCAGCCGCUGCCGGCCAGGAGCCCCCCCGGAUCCCGGCCUUCAGCCCCUUCUCACCCGCUCUGCAGAACAACCCCGUUCCGCGAAGCCGCCGGGAGGUCCCCCCGCAGCUGCAGCCAUUGGUGCCUGAGGCUGCACAGCCUUUGAGCUCCACUGGCUCCAAGGGUGCCCCCCAGGGCCCAGGGCGGGCUGGGGCAGGGGCCUGCCGCCUGGCGGAGCUGCUGUCGGCCAAGCGGCUGAGCGCGCUGGAGGAGGAGGCGACUGAGGGCGGCCCCGCCCGCGGUGAGGCCUGCAGCCCUGCCCCGAGCAGCGGCAGCGGCGUCAUCGACCUGGCAGGUGACUCGGUGCGCUACACGCCCUCCAGCCCGUCCAGCCCUGACUUCACCACCUGGUCCUGUGCCAAGUGCACACUCAGGAACCCCACGGCAGCCCCCAGGUGCACAGUGUGCGGCUGCUCUAAGCUGCACGGCUUCCAGGAGCACACGGAGCCCCCCGCCCACUGCCCUGACUGUGGCACCAACAAGCCUGGCCCCUGCGGCGGCAGCUGCGGCCGGGGGCCCUCGGCUCCCAGGGCCGCUCGCCUCCUGCCGGAGCGCCCGGGCCAGUGGGCCUGCCCUGCCUGCACCCUGCUCAACGCAGCCCGGGCCAAGCACUGUGUGGCCUGCCACACGCCCCAGCUCCUGGUGGCCCAGCGCCGGGGGGCCGCCCCGCUGCGCCGCAGAGAGAGCAUGCACGUGGAGAAGCGGCGGCAGACGGACGAAGGCGAGGCCAAGGCCCUCUGGGAGAACAUCGUGGCCUUCUGCCGGGAGAACAGCGUGAACUUUGUGGAUGACAGCUUCCCCCCUGGGCCUGAGUCUGUGGGCUUCCCCGCGGGGGACAGCGUCCAGCAGCGCGUGAAGCAGUGGCUCCGGCCCCAUGAGAUCAACUGCUCUGUCUUCAGGGACCACAGUGCCACGUGGUCCGUCUUCCACACCCUCCGGCCCUCGGACAUCCUGCAGGGGCUGCUGGGGAACUGCUGGUUCCUGAGUGCUCUGGCGGUGCUGGCGGAGCGGCCGGACCUGGUGGAGCGGGUGAUGGUGACGCGCAGCCUGUGUGCGGAGGGCGCCUACCAAGUGCGACUGUGCAAGGACGGCACGUGGACCACGGUGCUGGUGGACGACAUGCUGCCGUGCGACGAGGCCGGCUUCCUGCUCUUCUCGCAGGCACAGCGGAAGCAGCUGUGGGUGGCCCUCAUCGAGAAGGCUCUGGCCAAGCUCCAUGGCUCCUACUUCGCCCUCCAGGCAGGGCGCGCCAUCGAAGGCCUGGCCACGCUCACUGGCGCCCCCUGCGAGAGCCUGGCCCUGCAGGUCAGCUCCACCAACCCCCGGGAGGAGCCCGUCGACACUGACCUCAUCUGGGCCAAAAUGCUGAGUUCUAAGGAGGCUGGGUUCCUCAUGGGCGCCUCCUGUGGAGGGGGCAACAUGAAGGUGGACGACGCUGCCUACGAGAGCCUGGGGCUGCGCCCGCGCCACGCCUACUCUGUGCUGGACGUCCGCGAUGUGCAGGGCUCCAGGCUCCUAAGGCUCCGGAACCCGUGGGGCCGCUUCUCCUGGAACGGCAGCUGGUCAGACGAGUGGCCGCACUGGCCAGGGCACCUGCGCAGUGAGCUCAUGCCGCAUGGCAGCAGCGAGGGCGUCUUCUGGAUGGAGUACAGCGACUUCAUCAGGUACUUUGACUCCGUGGACAUCUGCAAGGUGCACUCAGAUUGGCAGGAGGCCCGGGUGCAGGGCCGCUUCCCCAGCACGGCCAGCGGGCCUGUGGGGGUGACGGCGCUCACGGUGCUGGAGCGCGCCUCGCUGGAGUUCGCCCUCUUCCAGGAGGGCAGCAGGCGCUCAGACACAGCGGACAGCCACCUCCUGGACUUGUGCAUCCUGGUGUUCCGAGCCACCUUCGGCAGCGGCGGCCGCCUGAGCCUGGGCCGCCUCCUGGCCCACAGCAAGCGCGCGGUCAAGAAGUUUGUGCACUGUGACGUCAUGCUGGAGCCGGGCGAGUACGCCGUGGUGUGCUGUGCCUUCAACCACUGGAGCCCCGCCCCGCCGGCCUCCAGCCCUUCGGCAGGGAUCCCUCGAGGUGCCGCUGAGCCGCCUGGCCACGUGCUCGCUGUGUACAGCUCGCGGCUGGUCAUGGUGGAGCCGCUGGAGGCCCAGCCAACCACGCUGGCCGACGCCAUCAUCCUGCUCACAGAGAGCCGCGGCGAGCGGCACGAGGGCCGGGAGGGCAUGACCUGCUACUACCUGACACACGGCUGGGCAGGGCUCAUCGUGGUGGUGGAGAACCGGCACCCCAAGUCCUUCCUGCACGUGCAGUGUGACUGCACCGACAGCUUCAACGUGGUGUCCACACGCGGCAGCCUGCGCACCCAGGACAGCGUGCCGCCCCUGCACAGGCAGGUCCUGGUGAUCCUGUCCCAGUUGGAGGGCAAUGCUGGAUUCUCCAUCACCCACCGCCUGGCACACCGAAAGGCGGCCCAGGCCUUCCUCAGCGACUGGACAGCCUCCAAGGGCACCCACAGCCCCCCCCUCACGCCUGAGGUUGCCGGCCUGCACGGGCCCCGGCCGCUGUGACCACAGUGCCUGGGCUGGGGGCUGCGUGCGAACACAUCACCCCCACAUGCACUUUACGAGGGAGACCCGACGGAGGACGCUUGAACCAGAAUCUCAGGACCCCGCCCAGGGAGCCGGCGCCGCCCCCCCGGCACAGCUUCCCGUGGGCCCCUCUCGCCCCUCCCACACCCACCCUGAGCACCCACAGUCCGCCUGACCAGGCCUCCCGGCCGCCUUGCAGAAUACCUCGAGCCAGGUGGACUCCACACCAGCCCCUCCUGCCUGCUACGGACCCAGCUGGGCUGCCCCUCCGCCCUGGACGUGGGGACCCGUGCCGGGGUGCGGCAGCCAAGGCUCCACACAGAACCAAAUCUGCAGGGUCAGAGGCUGGGACCCCGGGUAAUCCCGGGACUCACUCUCCCGGUGAGCUGUGAGGUCAGAGCCUUCGCACCUCAGUGUGACCCCAGAGCCCCAUUCCCUGCGCUCCACAUGGCCCCAGAGCCCGGCCCCAAGCAGUGCGUCCCAGGAGGCAGGUGCCUGCGGUCCAGGGCUCAGGGCUGGAGAGCCCCUGCCCAGCCGCUCCUCCCGCGACACUAUGCAAUUCCUGGAGCGCCGGCAGGAUCGAAGCCAUGACGGGCGGCAGGUCGGGCAGCCGGGCCCAGCCGUGCUGUCUGGUGCUUUGUCCUCAGCACCCUGCACACUGCUGGGUCCAGCAGAGCCCUUGGCCAGCACUGGCCUUGGCCCUGCCGCACAGAGGGACCCCCUCCCCAGCCCCACUGCCUCUCCCACUCCUCCCCAGAAGCCCGGGGAGCUGAGCAGCCCUCCUGCGCUCUGUGUGGACGGCUGAGCCCAGCUUCCGUCCCCGCCCGCCGCCAGCCAUCACCGCCCUGCCGCCCCGGGCAGAGGCAGCCCACGGGCCUCCCGGGAACGUUCCCCUCUCCCCUCUGGGCCUCCUUUUACUCUGAGCUGUGAAUAUUUUUAACCCUGUGAAUAAGGCCAGCUCUUCGGACACAGAGACUAUUUUAUCAGCCGUCCCUGUCCUGGAUGGUUCUGGAUGGUUCUCCAUGCGUGGUUUCUACACUCAGGCACCAACGGACCAAAUAAA